ACAAUCAUCAUCAGUACAGCAGGCAAAAUUAGGCGCCUAGUUCUGACUCAACAAGGCAGAACCAAACUCAACCCCAAACCUGAUCCAGAUUUUUACGCCUACCCACGUUUUGUUACCCACGUGGAUCGUAAUUUCAUCUCCAUCCUGACCAAUCUUUACAGGAAUGUUUUGAAGCCCGAGUCAGAGAUUCUUGCUAUGAGCUCUUGGGUCAGCCAUUUGCCCCCGGAGGUCAAGUACAAGAAAGUGGUCGACAUGGCUCAAUGCUGUGGAGCUUGCCAGAAACCCAGGCUGGAUUAUUUCUUUGAAGACCUUAAUCGGGAGCAGGAGCUCCAAUUCGAGAGUUGCAGUUUUGAUGCAGUGUUAUGCGCUGUCAGCGUUCAAUACCUUCAGCAGCCUGAGAAGGUGUUUGCAGAAGUAUUUCGAGUGCUAAGACCCGGAGGAGUCUUUAUUGCGAGCUUUAGCAAUCGACUAUUCUAUGAAAAGGCAAUUAGCGCCUGGAGAGACGGGACCUCCUACGGCCGUGUUCAACUGGUGGUGCAAUAUUUCCAAAGCGUGGAGGGAUUCACCCAACCACAGGUGAUUCGCAAGUUACCAACUCAUACCCUGCAAGAGAAGCAAUCGGCCCCCUUCGGUUGGAUCAUGAAUUUAGUGGGAUUAGUUUCGGGUUCCGAUCCCUUCUAUGCAGUACUAGCUCACAAGAACUUCAAACCUAUACAUGAAUGAGGCUUACGUGUACAUAUAUAUACAUUUCGUUGGAGGUUCCAAUAUUCUGCUGCACAUUUGUUGGAUAGAACUUCAAUUUGACCUGUACGUAUACCCAUUUGGAUUGCAUUUUCUGGGAAUUUUUCAAUUAUUAUGCGACUCGGGAAUAGCUUUGCCCCUUGCA